UCCUGUUUACAAUUUCCUGAAGGAAACCAAUCUAUAUUGAUGUCAUUUUUUAGACAAAUCUCUAGGCUGAAAAGUUCAAUAAUUUAGUAAAUCGUAAAGAAAUAAUGCCAAUGUAGUUGCUGAAAAUUAACUCAAGUGGAAUCAAAGUCAUUAAGGAUUCCUGCCAGCUGUAGUUUAAUUAAGACUGAUUUAAAGUGUAUUAGAGAAGGGUGGCAAUGUUACACUACCGGCUCAUGUAUACACGUGGAGAGUGAACUUCUUUCCACCGGAGCAACUCCUGAUCAAGUUUUAGAUAAAAACUUAUCACUUUCAAAGAUAUAAAUAAAGAUAUGAUAAUGGCCUGGAAAAGACUUAUAAUGAAGACAAUAGCCAAGGGAGAGUCAACUCCUACUAUUAUGGCUGGCAUAGUUUUACUGGUGGCACUUCAUUGGUUAAUUAAAUUUGAACAAAUAAAGGACAAUGGUGCAUUCCAAGACCUUGAUAUUCCCAUUUUACAGGAACAUGAUUUAUAUGGGUUAAAAUAUCCAGAAAAGUUCCCUGACCAAGGUCCUGAUAAAAUUCCUAAAAUUCUCCAUCAAACAUGGAAAAAUAAAGAAAUCCCCAGUAAAUUUAUAAAGUGGAUUAAAACAUGGUUGGUUAAUCAUCCUGAUUGGGAAUACUGGUUAUGGACCGAUGAAAGUGCAAGAAAUUUAAUUCAAGAAAAGUAUCCACAUCUUUUAGACACAUUUAAUGGUUACAAUGAAGGAAUACGAAGAGCAGAUUCAUUACGAUAUAUAAUUCUACAUGAAUUUGGAGGAGUUUAUGCAGACAUGGACAUGGAAAGUCUUAAACCUAUUGAUCCUUGGUUAAAAAAGUAUCCAUGUUUUGUUAGUCAGGAACCAUACGAACACCCAGUGUUAGACAGUAAUUUUGAACAUUUAGCCAUUAAUGCAUUGAUUGGUUGUCGACCUAAACAUCCAUUUAUGAAGAACAUGAUGGAAAAUCUACCACGAUUCCAACAUAUGUGGAAUGUACUUGACAGCACAGGACCACAUUAUAUGACAUUGAUUUUAAAUGAUUACAUACAGUUACAUCCAGAUCUUAAGGCAUCUAAUGAAAACUUCACAUACUUAGCUCCUCCCGAAUAUUUCUUUCCAACAAUAGAUCCAGCUAAAUAUUUUUGGUUUAGACAUCAAUGUGGUAAAUUCCAUAAACUGAGUAAAAUUCAACAAAAAGCCUGCAUGACAUUAAAAGUGAAAGGUGUUAAACGUAAGCCUCCUCACUGGAGUUUUACCAAACAUCAUUGGGAACAUACAUAUAUAGAUUUAAGAUUAUCCUUAAAAGGACCAGUCAAUGUUUUCAAAUUAGUGCCUCAAGCAAAAAUAUAUUCAAAUCAAAGAAGAACUGGAAAAGUAAGAGGGAAAAAAAGUUAUAUAUAGAAGCAAAUUAAGAUUUUUAAUUUUUGUAUUCCUAUGUUGUUUGCACUUGCCUGUUGUAUCGUAUAAUUUGUGAAUUUAUAUUAUGAAGAAAAAUCAGUCUUUUUGUA